AUGGCUCCGGUGCUUCAUGUAGCAUGCCAGUAUGAUCAACCCAAAAUCGUGCAGGCAUUGCUUGAAGCGGGCGCAGACAUUAAUGCAAAAGAUGCGCUUGGUCGCACCCCCUUGCACAUGUUAUUCGAACGAAGAAGCUUGUCCAAGUCAAGUCAUCGGGACAUUCUGUGUGAUAUUCUUCUUGCAGACCCAAGAGUCAAGGUUGAUGAGCGCGACAAUUCUGGUUGGGCGGCCUUGAGCGCUGCUGUCAAUUGCACACACGAUAUACCGACCGCUCUGGAUUUUGUCAAGAAAGUUGUGCGUAUGCCAGACAAGGUCGAUAUCAAUUCUCAAGACAGUCAGGGGCGAACGCCAUUUUGGAUAUGCGUCGCCAUCAACCAGUAUGAUAUGACUCGUCUCCUCCUAGCGCAGGAUAGGCUUGAUCCAAAUCUUUGUCCGACGGAUGAUUUUCCGUUAUUGCUUGCUGUUCGCCUUAAUCACCAACAGACAGUGGAACAUUUGCUAGAAUCGAAGCGACUCGACGUCAACAAGCAAACUAGCACAGGGCAAACCGCUCUGUUGAAAGCGAUCGAUAUAGGCAACAAGGAAGUCAUUAAGAUGCUUGCUAGAGCUGGUGCAAACCCGGAUAUUGGAAUGAGCCAAGGUAAAACAGCGCGGCAGCAUAUGUUGGAAGCAGGUAUACGUGUCAAAUGGAAGACUCGCUCGUUAUGA